UCUCCAAAGCGACUGGAGAACAGAAAAAAAAACCUGACGUGCAGAGAGGCCAUUUGGUUCCCUACUGCGUGAGCUCUCUUAUUGUGAUGUGGAUUAUUCCAAUUGCCCUGCUUCUUUCAAGAGUCCAAGGAACAGUUGCAGGUAUGCAAGAGCCAGAGAUCUGCUAUGUCCUGGAUGCAAUACUUUUCCUGUAUGGGAUAGUCCUCACUGCUCUCUACUGCCACCUCAAGGUUAAGACUGCAAAGGCCCAAAAAUCGUCUGCGCAUUCUGAACACUAUGAGCAACUCAACUUUCCUGAGAAACAGAUCUACAGUGAAAUUGGCAAAGGACAUGUAGAGAUGGAGACAAAGCAAUAAAAAAGAAGAAUGACAUUUUACAGCCUACACAGUGGGACUUGGUUGUUCUGUUUUUGUGUAAUGGAAACCAUUUCAUAAUCCAUCAGCAAAAUGGCUCGACUGGCUGCAAAUAGCAGAAACCUUUCUGGCUUAGGGACAGCAAUAUUUAGUUUUGUCAUUCUGUUUUGUGAUGUUGCAUGGCAUUCAGGGCAAUAUAUAGGAUAAACUACUGAUAUUAUUGUGCAGUUGAUAUAAUAAUAAUAAAAUAUAGCCACUCAAUUUGAUCAUUGCUUACAUUUGCAUGCAAAUAUACCUUAUUUAUGAUGCUACUAUCUUUCAAGAUUAUGUGUAUAAAAUGUAAAUUAUAUUAUACCAGCCUAUAAUCCAUUUAGCCCUUCCCUAGUCUUGUGUCCUUUUUUUAUUAAAGAUGACAUUGUGCUGAAUAAACAUACUUUUUUAUUUU